AUGAAUAGCAACAAUAUUACAAUGUCUGAUGAUGCUGUUGAUCAUGAUCCUAUGAUUUCUUCAGCUUCAGGGGAGGGGGAGAAAAUUUAUUCCAUACAAAAAUUAUCAGAUUUUAAGGAUCCGAUCUUGCAAAUUGUUCGGGAGAUGGGAAUUGAAAAGUUUGGUGAUGAUCAGGUGAGAGGAAUGUAUAUUUUCGGAUCACAGGCCUAUUAUUCACAGGUGAGAGAUGCUGGAUCGAUCGAGCCAUAUGGAGUGACUGAUUCGCAUGGGAAUGAAUUGAUUGGUGUUUGUUGGAGGAAUGAUGAAAAGAAGGAGGUGAUUCAAUAUUUGGCAGAAUCUGAUUUUGAUAUAAUUUUGGUUGUGGAUGAAUAUAAAUCUACAGAUGAAUUAUUGGGAGCUUUGGCAAGUGAUAUGCAAAGCAAGUGGGAGACUCAAAUUUCGAUCAAGACCUGCUUGGGAGAAGACAUUGAGUUUAAAUUGGAUGUUUCAGUGUAUAACACUAGUUAUUUCAUUUCAUACAUGCAUUAUCAUCAACCUGUAUAUAACCAAGCAGUGACAAGUCAUUUGAUUGAUCAGGUUUAUGUCAUUUAUGAAGAUGAAAAGAUGAGCUAUUUCAGAAAGAAUUGGGCUAUUCAUCAUUUAAAUAUUCCUAGAUUAAUCAGUGCAAAUGCAGAAGAAUUGGAUUAUUGUUUCCAAAAAGCAAAGAGAUUUUUCGAACUUGCACAAAAUGGUUCAUAUUCUGAUGAAAGAGAAAACUAUCAAGACGUUUACACUGGUUACUUAUCGAGAAGACCUACCCAAGCAUUACUAAAAACCUCUAAAAAGAAUAUUGUUCAUGGCAAGAGAAAACUCUUAUUUUCCAGACAAUUGAUGGAAAAUAAUGAAAUUACAGACUACCAAGAGAUGAACGAUUUUCAAGAUCAUGUCUUGAGUUUCCCGAAUCAUAAUUGGGAUGUAUAUGAGCAGAAUUUUUUGCCUGAGUAUGAUCAGUUAAAAGUUGAAUUCACUGAUGAUUGUGAUGAAGUUAUUGCGUUUGGUAAGAAACUUUUGGAAAAACAAAAGGAUGUCAUUAAUUUCUUGAACAAGUUUUGCAUUACAGAUAAUCUUUCUAAAUUGAGAGCAUCAUUCAGGAAUGAAUCUAAACAUAUCAAGAAAAACAAAAUCAGCUCAAUUGAAUCCUAUGUUGCCAAUCUCUUCAUGAAUGGAAUUUACGUUUUAAAACACUUAUUUGGAAUUAGAGUAGUGCCAUUUGAAGCUAGUAACAAUUCAGAGAUCGAAAAUGCCACCCUGUUCCAAUGCUCCAUCCCUCCAAAUGUUGACAACCUUCAUCCACACUUAAUGGCUCUUGAUGGUUGUAUCAUUAAAUUUGACAAGUGCUACUCAAUAGUUUCACAAACUUGUGGUAGAACUGUUGAUCUGAGAGAUUCAUCAAUACUCCCAAGAUUUGAUGACUACCUCUAUUGCUUCAAGGUUCCAUGCGGAAAGAGAGUGAGUCUCUUCCACUACAAUAAUGAAUGGAAAGUGAGCUGUCCUGAAUUGGAUAAUCAAGACUGGAUUGAUUGGCCACUCCUUAAAAAAAAGGGAGCAAACUGGAGAGAAGAUUUUUGGAGAGUUUGGAAGCAACAAAAUCUUUCCUUGGAUGAGCUUAAUAAGAAAUCGACUAUAAUGUUUAUUUGGAAUGGUGAGCAGCUGACAAUGAUUGGACAAUAUGGAGCUGAUGAAUCAAUUUUUAGAUUUUUAGAUAAACCAAACAUUAUUCAAGAAGAGAAGGAAUUGACCAGUUAUGUUCAGGAUGGUUUUUCUCUCAAGAAGUGGAAACAGGCCAUGAUUGAAGAAUCUCUCAAGCUCAAUCCUAAGGAAUAUAGUGGAUUCCUCUUUAUGCAAGAUAGCGGACAAGUAGUGUAUCAUUUGGCUUCUCCACUUCAUUACUUGAUUCCUAGAUUGAAAUUGGCCAACAAAUUCUACUCGGGUGUGGAUGUGCUGAACAAGGAUGUGAUUGAAAAGUGCACAGAUUCGACUCUCCUUCAAAAUUCAGACAAUGACAGAAUUGUCAUUUCGUGUGCCGCUUUAGCAGAUCACUAUGAAGGAUCCUUAGUAGAAGAUUGCUUUAAAUUACUUAAUCCAGUAUUCCGAUGCUACUAUUUAAUGAUUAGAAAUGAAUUACUCAAAGAAGAAAAUAAGGAACACAUUCCACUUAUUAAGGAAGCUGCUCUCACUCUCGACUAUUCUCCACAAGUUGUUGAAAUUAUUGAGGAUGUUUAUUACAAUGCAGAGAGUUUAGAUUACUUUGAUACAAUGACUGAUGAUAAUUAAUUAUUCAAAUCAAUUUCAAAAAGUCUUUUUAAAAUUUUUAUAUAAAAAAUGUUCAUCGCCAUGAUGAUUU